AUGGACCACAAACGGCCUGCGGCGGCGACUUUUGGGGGCCAGAGUGCCAAGAGAGUCAAGAAGGAGAUCAAGGGAGAAGGCAACUUCGACCGGAAGAUUGAUCUGUCCUCCAUUCCAAUGGCCCCCAAGGUCGAAAAGAAGCCAAAGCUCGAGAACAAACCCCCGACCGAUUACAAGCCUUUUAACCUAGCGAUUCAACAUGGUCAGCAGGAGAAUCGCAAGGCCCGAUCCCGGCGCGGCUUUUGGGGAAACUCCAUCAAGGUAAAUAGGGGCAACGGAGACCUUAUCUCUGCCCACUACAACCAACGAGAAAAGACAGUCGAGUUCACAUGUUCUCGUGGAGAUGCCAGUCUGGCGACGUGGGACACUGAGGAUGUCGAGCGAGAGGUCUUUGAGCGCCUCAACAAGGCUCAUUUCGACGUGGUGCCCGUGGGAGGCUGGGGAUUCCUCGGAGAGCUGCUCGACCCUGACUGGUUCUAUCCCCAAGCUUUGCAACCAUACACUUUGAAGGUUGUGGUGGAUGUCGAGUGGGGUACUGUUGCUGUUCAAGAGGCUGCUGCGCUUGCUGGAAUCGCGACGCGGCGAUUGAUGCGCAUGGUUGCCGAACCACAGAUACCCAGAGCCAAUUCGACUCUUCGAGCUGGGCAGCAAACAUAUGAUGCGGUUGAGCGUCUCGGAGGCAAUACCGAACCUGCACCACAGAGCCAAAAUACCUCGGACUCCAAGGUGGAGAGCAGCGCGGCCAUCAAGGCGGAGCAGAGCAUCCAGAAGCUCGAGGAGACUGCCUUGAAUACCUCGAAAGAGAUCGCACAAGACCCUGCAACACCUACAUCACCUGAGGUACAUGGUCAGCCCGUUGCCCCGGAGGUGAAGGCACCCGUCCUACCGACUGUGGACAGGCCGCCUCCUCUGACCGACUCGGCCGUGUUGGCCACCGAAGGCGCGAUGCCCCCUCAGCCAAUGUCAUUUGUGGACUCUAUGAAAGUGUUGGCGGACAAGCUUGAGGCCGACCGCUCUCCGAGGCUGACAAACCGGCCACUGUUCUCCUUUGGAAGCUGGCCGGGAACGCAUGUCGGCGGCGGCAGUUUCACACCAGUAAACGCGAAGCCGGUGGCCGAAGACCAGGCCCCAGCCGCUGACUCCAGCGCAUUUGCAGGUCCUACCAACUCGGCGAUUGGACUGGGGUCCGAGGAGAACGCGGCCGAGGCGUCAUCGGUUACGAAGUAG